AUGCGCGCGGACCGCGCCGCGCUGCUCGCGUGGCUCGUGUGCUGCGCGGCCGCGCUGUCCUCGCACAAGUACAGCACGCGCGUGGUGCGCACCAAGUACGGGCCUCUGCGCGGGAUCGUGGUGCACUCCCAUCCGCAGGUCGAGGCCUAUCUCGGCGUGCCGUAUGCUACGCCGCCUCUCGGUAGUCUUAGAUACAUGCCGCCGGUGACGCCGUCGCAGUGGCGCAACACUCGGCUGGCGGACGCGUUGGGCCCGUCGUGUCCGCAGGCGCCUCCCGCCGCGGCGCCGCGAGACGACGCGUUGCUGGUGCACCCGCGCGCGCGCAUACGGCAACUGGAGCGAUUGUUGCCCGUCCUGGCCAACCAGAGCGAGGAUUGCCUCUACGUUAACCUUUACGUUCCUGUUAACGGUGGUGAAGGCGAGGGCGAAGGCCCAGGGCUCCCGUGCCUGGUGUUCGUGCACGGGGAGUCCUACGAGUGGAGCUCCGGUAACGCGUACGAUGGGACCACGCUCGCGGCGCACGGCAACAUUAUCGUAGUCACUAUCAACUUUAGAUUAGGUGUAUUGGGUUUUUUAAAAACUGGUGCUAAGGGGUCGGCGCAGGGUAACUUCGGGCUAAUGGACCUGGUGGCAGGGCUGCACUGGCUGCGGGAGAACUUGCCAGCGUUCGGUGGUGAUCCUGAGCGGGUGACCAUCAUGGGCCACGGGACUGGGGCGGCACUGGCCAAUUUUCUGGCCGUCUCUCCUGUGGCGAGAGAACUACUGAAGCGCGUCAUCUUGUUAAGCGGGUCUGGGCUGAGUUCGUGGGCGUUGCAGAGGGAUCCACUCGCGAUAAAACGAAAGGUAGCGGAACAUACAGGGUGUCACGGAGACCUGCUAGAAGACGACCUGGCGCCGUGCCUGCGCAACAAGCCGCUCAGCGAGCUGCUAGCUGUCAAACUGGACCCGCCGCGGUUCCUGCCCGGAUUCGCGCCUUUCGUCGACGGCACUGUCAUUGUUAAUCCGUCCUCUGCGCCGCCCCCGACCGACAGCUCACGACUGGGCGCGGGCGCCGCCGCGGUGGCCAACGCGGCGGGCCACGAGCUCGCUGACUUCUCCCAUAGGGAACUGCUAUUCGGACUUACUACCACUGAAUCGUACCUCGAAUUCAACGCGCAAGACUUGGAGUUCGGCUUCAACGAGAGCAGGCGGGACCGAAUUCUGCGAACGUUCGUGCGGAACGCGUACUAUUACCACUUGAACGAGAUCUACUCGACGCUCAAGAACGAGUAUACGGACUGGGACAAGCCUGUGCAGAACCCUCUUAGUGUAAGAGACGCGACGUUGGAGGUCCUCAGUGACGGUCGCACCGCCGCGCCGCUCAUCAGGCUCGGUUACCUCCACGCGCUGCGCGGGGGCACCACGUACUUCACCCACUUCCACCAUCUGUCGCAGGACAAGGACUACCCCCAGCGACCAGGAUCAGUCCACGGAGAGGAGCUCCCCUACUACCUCGGAGUACCGUUAUCACUCACUCAUCACCAACAGAACUUCACGCAACAGGAGCAGCGAGUGUCAAGGCUAUGCAUACACUACGUCUCCAAUUUCGUCCGAUAUGGGAACCCGAAUGACCCGUCAGCCACGCCGCCACCGAGCCCCUUGCUUGGGGAAUCCCCACGGCUGGGCCCAGAUGAAGUCCGGUACUGGGACACGUAUGACACCAUCAACCAGCUCUACAUGGAGAUCAGCAGCAAGCCAGAGAUGCGCAGUCAUUACCGGGGGCACAAGAUGUCUCUCUGGCUGUCUCUGAUCCCGCAGCUGCACAGGCCCGGCCUCGACAUGCCAGACACCGGCAUGAGGCACCACCACUUCCCAGACGACAACGCCAACUACUACGAGGGAGCGGUGCGUCCACAGUCGAUGUCGAAAGCCAACGUACCGCACGUAGUCAAUGUUGACUCUGGCGGACGCGGCGACCCAUCUCGCAGCACUCCCUCUCCUAAGUCCUCUCCACCUCGGCCAGCCCCUGCACCCUCAGUACCAUCCACAGAGUGUCCGCCUAAUGCCACAGCCACCCCAGUACAACCAGACGAUGCCCUCCUUCGACGCCUCGCUUCCUCUCACUAUCAAUCAUACACCGCCGCUUUGACCGUCACGAUAGCAGUUGGCUGCUUCCUCCUUCUCCUAAACGUCCUCAUCUUCGCCGGCAUCUACCACCAGAGGGGCUCCCGACCUCGGCGCUCCAAAGACGACCUCGCCGAGGCCGGGAGCUCAUCCUCAUCAGACUACGACGGAAAACUAGACUACGAAGUGCGCGCAUUCGACGGCAAAGGUUUCGGUUUCGAGUGUAAAUCGGCGCACGUGCCCCGAGGCUCCGGUUCCAAGUUCGACUUGCGGACGUUAUCGGACUGCGGCGAACCGACCUUCGGCGAGUACAGUUGCUACGACGAGAAGCAUCGAGCGGCCCGCAGCUCGUUGCCGGACGUGAGUGUGGGUAGUGCGAUAGAGGCGGGCAGUGUAGUGUGUAUAGAUACGCAGAAGCCAGACAUUCAGAAAGUGGAAGGGCGGCAGGACUCUGUGGGGCGAACUAGCACGUUCGAGCCGCGGGUGGUGGACAGCUCGACCCAAGUGAAGUUCGGGCCCGAGUCGGAGGCGGCCUCUGAGACCAACGGCGACUCGGAGUCGGGUGGCGCGAGCGGGUCGGGCAUCCUGCGCGUGCCGCCCGCCGCGACCACGCCCGCGCCGCCCGGCAUCAUGAAGAAGCGCGUCCAAAUACAGGAAAUAUCCGUAUGAGGGUUCCUGGACGCCGAGGUCGUUGUCAAUAAACGGACAAAGUUGUGAUUUUUAAACAUAGACGUGUACAUAAAACAUUACGACGUGAUGUAUCGUUACGAUUGUGUAAAUAUGAGAUAUUUUUAACAGUGCGUACUUACAGCGAAAUUUUCGGGCAUGCGUGACUAUUCUGCCUUAAACUAUAACUGUUUACAAUGUACCUAUGCCAAUAUCUUCACUAUUCCGUUCUACAUGCCAUAUAAGUUCGAAGAUGAAGGGAUGUAAUAAAGUUAAUGGCAACUUAAAAUACAAUCAUUUGGUUUAAGAUUAUUUCGCAUAUAAAAUACUCGAUUAUACCAGAAAAUAGCGAAGUAAUAAAAAUAUUAUGAAGUAUCGAAGAACUUGCCGUCGUUACCCAGAUCAGAUCUCCGCCAUUUAUUACUGUAUUCUCCACCUUCGGAUUUACGAUGAAGGAAUUGUAGGUUCUUGUGAACAUAUUCGUCUGUAAUGAAUGUGAAUAUAACAAUAAAUUAGUGACAAAAGACUUAAGGAAACCCGUUAGUGUGUAAAUAUUAUAUCAGACGAACCGUGUUUCAGAAUGUAGGAUAACAUUAUAUUUCAAAGCAUUGUGUAUGUUGUAACUUUUUGUAUAGUUAAUUUAAGUGAGUUGUAUUAAUUUUGAGUAGUUUUUGAUAAGUAAAUAUUGAAAACUAAUUACUAAAUGGACGAGUACCUAAAGGAAAGUUUAAAUUAAAUAACAAAUUGAAAUUACGUAAAAGGGUUGGUUAAUUGUUUGCGAGCUAGUAAUAUUCGUUAAAUUUCAGUGUCGGAACAAUUUUAAGGUAAUCAGGGUAAUAGGCCACAGUUAUGAACAUCGCAAUAUUCAACCACAUCCUACUUAAUGUUCUAUAACUAAAUAAAAAUAUAAUUACCGUCUAUACUAUUGAAUAUAGUACCGAAUAGAGCACACAACUGCUUUUUAGUGUGGAGGUCGAAGGAUAAACGUGUUUCUGGUCGUCAGUUUCUUACAUUUCAAGAAACUUAGUUAUUAAAAAACGUGGCUGUAAUUAAUUAAUUUUGUCACAGACUUAACCAGCGAUUUAUAAGUUAAACGCUUAAGAACAUAAUGAUUUUUGAGCAAAGACAUCUGUUUCUUACCGAUAUUACCUAUCAGCCUACGGCUUACCCGCCACUGACUCGAAUAAUUAAAUUGUAAUUUAGGUGCAUUGACCUUUUUCAAUAAACAAUUAAUAAAGAGGGCAUUAAAAUUCACGUCGAUUGAAAAACUUUAGUCCUGUAAUACUCGUAAGCCUAGUUCUUGACACACCACAAGGAACACAAUGUACUUACCAAGUAUCUAAAUUUUGUAUAAGGUAUCUUCAUUCAUUAAUUUAAAAAAAUACUUAAUACUAACUUUGUUAUUUAUAGGUAUGUUAUCAGUUAGAUCUUCUAUGUUACAAACUGGCUCGCUUCCGUACUCGUCCAUGUUUUAUCUUCACAGGAAUUGACGAUGAUUAACUAAUGGUGAGUGAAUUAAUAUAAAUAUUAAUUCCAUUAUCCAAAUUGUGACAAAAUGUGAAAUAAUUAGAUAAUUGCAAAUUAAUAGAUAUAAUACAAUACACUGAACAAUGUCAUUGUUAUGUGUUAACAAUUUGUAGAUAGAGAUAUUAUGAGAAUAAUUUUAGAAUGUGGAAUUGAUUGUUUUGUCCACAGGUUUUGACGUAAAUAUAACGUUAAAUUCUGUUGUCCAUGGUCCAUAGGUGAAAUUAAUUUAUAACCAAUUGAUUAUUUACACAUUUAUAUACUGUUUCUUAUACAAUUAAGUUUACAAAAAGUGAAGUUCUGUACCAAAAUAUAUGUAUUUUAAUGGUAUAAAAUAUUCAUCAAAUAUUUAAUUUGAAUACAAAUAACACCAAACAUUUAAGUUUUAUGUUAAUAAUAUUAAGCUUGGUAAGGGCCAAGUUAUGAAAAUUUUACCAAAAUUGUAUACAUUUUAAUAGUAAAUAACAAUAAAUUAAAUAAAUUCGACGGACACCGAAGCUGUCAACAUUAUUAAUAUUAAAGCUUGCGAAGUUAUUAACAAAUAAUUUAAUAUUUUGCAAUGAAAUAUCCUGUGAAUGGCCUAAAUAUUUUUAUUAAAGUUUUUGAAUUUGUUUAAAAUCUACAACGCAAUUAAAUGUUUUCUGUAAUUGUAAUUUGUAGUUAUGUUAAAGAUGAGCUUUAAUUUAUGGAAAUUGUCAUCCUUUAAGGAAUUGCAGAUAACAGUUAAAACAUCUAACUUAUUAUUAAUGUUAGAUAUUUUAAAUAAUCUACUUAGUAUUGUUUGAAUGUAGUUCAUAUUAUAUUAAUUGUUGAUCGACUAUGGUAUAGCGAUGAUUAAUUUAAUUAAUUAAUAUUUGUUAUUUGAA